AUGACCGUCCAUUACAACAGAUUGACCAAAGAGCCCUACCUGAGGCUGCCCACUCCGCUGUCUAACAUCAUCAUCACUCCACAUCGACUGGAAAAUAUCGAUGAGACCGCCACUGCAUUAGCGGAGAUUCUCAAUGAUCCACGUGUGUACCCUUGGCUAGAAGGGCCGCCUUACCCAUAUCAGCACGAGGACGGCGUGAAAUGGAUUGAAGCGAAAUGCAAAGAAAACGAAGAUGUCUUGUCCACUUUGCGCAGAUAUCUGGAACAACGCGAAGGCAUGAGCAAUUCAAAGAGCGCUGCUGUUGUUUCAAAACAAGACCGAGAAUUCAUUGAUACGUGUCCCUUCACUUGCAUUCGCGAAGUCUUGGAAGAAGACGCUGCGAGUGGGGCCCCGCUCAAGGACCGCCUGAUCGGUGACAUGACGUUGGCCCGAUACACAUUCUACGAACACCCCCAUGACAGCGAGGAAAGAUCUGAGGCACAACGCCGCAAUAAUGAAUUGCCUACCGGGGAUGAAAAUAUUAUCUGGGCCCUUGGAGACUUUCUUGCCCCGAGCCAUCACGGCAAAGGAAUCAUGUCACUCGCGAUUCGAACCUUGAUUCAUGAAUGGGGCAUUCCUCACAUGAACGUCCGCCAUCUGAGAUGCUGUGCAUUUCAGGGAAAUGAGGGUAGCUUGAAAGUAUUCGAAAGAAACAACUUUGAGAGAGGGGUCACGUUGAAGGAUUGGGUGCCGGUUUCUGAAAGUCGAGGAGGGGGAAGGAAAUCAAUUGUAUUGAUGACAUGGCGAGGUGCUUAG